ACGAUCGCAAGCGCUGCGAGUCGCAUUAGUGUCGUAGUGUCGGCUUCUUCACUGUAUGCCAUCAGGUACCUGGCAGACGGACGCUAUGUUCCCAAAAGCUGCGCCAGAAAUUUCCAUGCGAGUGCUGCUUCGUCGUCCUGCCUGCUCCCGGUCAUCCAUCGGACACAAGCCAGCUGCCCCAGACUGCUGGGUAAGAUGAAUCGCAAUCGCUCAGAGCGAGCCGCGCCUAAACCCCCUCCUGCAUUUAGCUUUGUCACCAUCACCAACCCAAAUGAAUCGAAGACGCGGUCUAGAAAGAGAGCCGUGCGCUCACAUGUGGCAUACUAUCAACACCACAAAGAUGACGAUAGAGAUGCCCCUUCAACUCGCCGUUCCUCCAGCAAGAGAGUGGUGGUGACGACCGAAGAGUAUCCUAGCACGCCCACAUUCUCAUCAGAGUCGUCUUCGGACUCCAUCAACUUCCAUGUCUUGCAGUCAGGUGGUCUCACGGGGUCCGAGUUAGAUGUCCUGGGGUCUACUUACGGGUCUUCACCUGCCACUCCAACCUUCAGUGGUACGAGAGUCGACCCGUUUGAGUCUUAUCCGGUACCUUGGAAACCACACUAUGGCCCGAUCUUAGAUUUCUACCUUACGCACGUUCUCAUAGACACACCAGGUUUAGCUCGGAAAGGAGAAGUGUUCCUUUUGAGAACUGCUUGGUUCCCAUUCAUUAUGAAUCAUCCAACAACGUUCUAUGCUGCACUGGCUUUUGCUGCCUCGAUUUAUUACAAGCGGUCGCCGGCGACUCCAAACCUGCUUGACCUUCAUCAAAAGGCGAUAUUAGGAAUCAACGACGCUUUAUCGAAAAUGGAACAUAAACCGGAUGACUUUACCAUAGGUGCCGUCUUCUGCAUGUCUCUCCUAGAAUCCAUGUAUGGCGACGCAUCCUCUUACCGUGUGCACAUGAAGGGCUUGCAGAGGAUGGUGGAGAUGCGUGGGGGACUUGGCCACCUGGGACUAGACGGACUGUUGGAAAGGAUGAUUGUAUGGCUUGACUUUAACCAUGCAAAGGUGCAUAAAACGUCCUUGUUCUUUGGAGAGAGCGUGGAUGUAUCGAAGAGGCCGUCACCAUUCUACCACCCGAAGGACUCGGCGGUUGUUGAUACUGGCAGUACGAAGAUUCUUCGUUGAGGUCCAGGAUCAUGAAAAGGCCUCCAAAACCUGACAUGCAUGCUUUGGCAUGGAUUGCUUCCACAAUGGCUGGAAUCAAAUAAUCGCCGCUCAACCGUGAUCUCAGACCAAAUCACCUUGAGUUGAAAUGGGCCGAGAACUUCUGAAAGGCAAGAAACAAGGCAUGCUAUCUAGCUGUCUAGCCGUGAAGCCAAAGAAGAAGAGACAGCAGGAACGUCAUCAGCAACGAGUCUAGGACUCGUGCAUAUAUGACCCUCCCACAUUGCCCGGAUGCUAGUGGAGCUCCAUCCAAUCGCCUGGCGCAUCAUUGUAUGUACCAAGCUUAGUUAGCCUAAUAACUAUCCUGAGAAGAGUAAAUGCAAUUGUUCAAACACACAAAGUCCUUUGAGAUUCCUUAUUUAGUGAUGGAUAUAGUUAUUGUGAUACAUGCGAAUGGUUCUUUGUGGAUGAUAAUUGCCGCAUGGGUUUUU